AAAUCAUUUUUAUGUAAAAUAAAAUGCCAUACUUUUCAUGGUUACAGCUUCUCAAAUGUGAGGAUUUGCUGCUUUUCCUUAAUCAUUUUGAAAUUUGGACUUCUGCUUGGACAAAACAAGCAAUGUGAAACAGUGGAUUUUGGGUAAUUGUGACUUUUUGCUUAGUUUCUGUAAUUAUGAAAACCAAACAAUCAGUGAAUUAAUUGAGAAAAUAUUCAAGAGAUUAAUUCAUAAUGAAAAUAAUGAAAAAGUAUUGUGCUCACAUUAAUGUAUGAGCAAUAAUAAUAUAAUGAUGUUAUAGCCUAAAUAACAAUAUACCACUUAUACAGGCCACCUUUUAAAAAAAAAUUUUUUUUUUUUUUUUAAUUUUUACCUUUAAUAGUCCUUUUCAGUUUGCAACAACAACAACAAAAAAGUUAAUUUAAAAGUACUGAAAUAUCAUCAGGAAAAACAGGAAAAACUGAAAGUAAAAGUGCUCAUUAUGUAGACUUGUCAAUAUCAGUGUGUUACAGCAUAUACUGUAUGCUGUAUAUUAUAUUCAAUACAUAAUGGAUUAACAUGUAAGAAGCACUUCAGUGUUGUAGCUGAUUGGGCUGACAUAAAUUACUACAAGACAGUUGUGUAAAUAAUCUUGUAACAAAUUAUCAGAUCUUAUUAGCUGAUUAUAGAAUGUGUCAAAUCAGAAUUAAAUAAUACAAAUAAUAAUCAUAUUAUAGAAUAGUAUAAUAAUAAUAAUUCCCUUUGUAAUGUAGAGGAGGAAAAGUAUAAAAUGGCAUGCAUUGCUCAAACAAAAUACAAGCACUCAGAACAUCAGAACAUUACUUAAAUACAAUAACUUGAGUAAAUGUACUUUAAAAUAAAAUGCCCCAUUUGCUCACAUUGUAAAUUUAGGGGAACUCAAGUGUUUGUGUUGUCAGUGCCCCCGUGUGGUAAGAUUAACUAAUUGUUAUUCUCUGCUUCACCUCCAUGCUCCGGCCUCUUCCACUAGGAGGGAGCAAAGUCAUUUACCAUGCUGUAUGCCCGCUUUAAGUGCUGUCGGAAAUCCGAAGUUCCUUUGAAAUUAGGGUCAGAGUGGACGGUAUAAGCGAUGAGACUGCCAGCUUAAUAGACACAUUGCCACAACUUCAAACAUCGAUGCAUCUAAAAUCUACCUCAACGGUUUUGUUUUGUACAAACUAUUGCGGGAAAUAGGAGGAACCGUUGAAGGCAGCAGUACUAUUCUUUUUUCCAUCCACUUUUUAUGCGAAGGAAAAUGUUCUUUUCAACAUGUAAGCUGUUCAGAUGUUCUCCAAACUCUAAGCUUGAGGAGUUUGUAACAAAGUAACACGUGAGAAACAAGAAACAGGUCCCAAACAGUCUGAUUUCAAUUCUUAUGAGUUUCCUGUGCAGUGUCCAGCUGAGGAAACGGGACCGCCCCGUAUUGACUUGUACUGCCCCUCUUUCCGUACUUUGGCUGCUGCCGUCCGGCCCAGCCCCUCCGGAGGGGAGGAGAAGACUGACUAAACGCCACUUUUAUUGCGCUGUCAUGUUUCACAAGGAGUUGAGAGGCUCCCAGACCGCCUGACAACAUCACUUCAUGGGUGCACUUAAAGCCUGAGUACGGAGAGCCUCCCCCUCCUCCUCCUCCUAACCUUUUUUUUUUUCCCAAGUUUGCUUCUCCUCACAAGGCAGCUCCCUCUUGGUUUUUGAUACUCAGUGUCGUUUUCAUGGGUGAACAUCUUCUUUUGUACUCUCUGUAGUAUCUCUCGGUGCAAAUCCUAACUGGUCUGUCAAGAUGCAGCUCCGCACGGUCCUUGACGUGAAUGUUGUGGAUGUGCAGAAGAGAAGGAAUCCCUCCAAACACUAUGUGUACCUCAUCAAUGUCACUUACUCCGACUCCACCUCCCACAUCAUCUACAGGAGAUACAGCAAAUUCUUUGACCUACAGAUGCGAAUCCUUGACAAAUUCCCAAUUGAAGGAGGACAGAAGGACCCUAAAAAGAGGAUUAUUCCUUUUUUGCCAGGUAAAGUCUUGUUUCGCCGAAGUCACAUCAGAGAUGUAGCCGUCAAAAGGCUGAAACACCUGGAUAAUUACUGCAAAGCUCUGAUGAAACUUCCUUCCCAGAUUUCCCAAAGUGAGGAGGUCCUGAAAUUCUUUGAGACCAAAUCAGAGGACCUCAACCCUCCCACAGAAGACUGUGGAGGCUCUGGCAAACGUAAAUCAGGUCUGGAUGCUUCCGAUCCCAUGCUCCUGGAACAAUAUGUGGUGGUGGCCAAUUACGAGAAACAAGAGCCUGCCGAAAUCAGCCUUCAAGCGGGGGAGGUGGUCGACGUCAUUGAAAAGAGUGAGAGUGGUUGGUGGUUUGUCAGCACUGCAGAGGAGCAGGGUUGGGUCCCUGCUACAUAUCUCAACUCCCACAGCGGCACACGGGAUGACUUGGAGCUGGGCGCCUCAAAAGCUGGGGAAGUUACUAAGCGGCAUAAGGCUCAUCUGAAGAGGCUGGACCGGAGAUGGACGUUGGGGGGUGUCAUCAGCAGGCAGCAGAGCCGAGAAGAGAAGUACGUAACAGUCCAGCCGUAUUCCAGCCAGGGCAAGGAUGAAAUUGCUUUCGAGAAAGGAGUCAUUGUGGAGGUGAUUCAGAAGAACCUGGAAGGCUGGUGGUUUAUCAGGUAUCAGGAUAAAGAGGGCUGGGCUCCAGCCUCUUACCUAAAGAAGGUGAAGGAUGACUUCUCUCCCCGCAAGAAGACUGUUACAGGCCCAGUGGAGAUAAUUGGAAACAUCAUGGAGAUCAGUAAUCUGCUUAACAAGAAAGCCUUGAGUGAGAAGGAUGUGCAGACUGAAGGUGUCCCAGAGAGCCCCCAGGUGGCCAAGAAGGAGAUCAGCUUGCCAAUCCCCUGUGCUGAUUCCCCACAGGAUGGAAAAAGCAAAGCAGAGCCUGCUUCACCAGCGAUAGCCCGCAUUGCCCCUCAUCGGGUGGAAAUUGGUUCCCCAGUUCUUAGGCAAAAACCUCCUCCUCGAAGAGAUGCAACCCUGGGAUUUCAGUUGCCCUCCCCUCCAGAGCCCCCUACAGUCGAAGCAGAGUAUUACACCAUUGCAGAUUUUCAGUCCUGUAUAUCUGAUGGUAUCAGUUUCAAUGGAGGACAGAAAGCAGAGGUCAUUGAGAAGAACUCUGGUGGUUGGUGGUAUGUCCAGAUAGGAGAGAGGGAGGGCUGGGCUCCCUGUUCCUACAUUGAUAAACGUAAAAAGCCCAAUCUGAAUCGCAGAACAAGCACUCUUUGCCGACCUAAAGUUCCACCCCCAGCUCCGCCUGUCAAAAAACAAGACUCAGUGGAGACUGCACCUCCCAGCAGCCCUGGGUCUGAAGCUCCAGAGUCCCCUGUGUCUCCUGGGAGGCCGGUGUAUGAAGAGCCAGAAUAUGAUGUUCCUGCCAUUGGUGAUCUCGACCUGGAGUCUGAGUUUGAGUUUCUGAGAGGAGAAGGUUCCUUGGUAGAUGGAAAGAAUGAGGACACUUCCUCUGAGAAAGGAUCCCAUCUGUCCUCCAAGCCCUCUCCAGCUUCGUCACUCCAUAGUGCCUCCUUCAAGAUGGGUGAGUCAUUUGAAGAUGGCCAUGAGGCAGAAGGGGAGGCGGAGGGAGAGGAAGAGUGUAUCUAUGAGAAUGACGGCUUUCGGCCCUUCAGAGAGACCCCGGAGAGGCAGUGCAGUAGGGACUCAAAUUCCUCCAAGACAAGUGUCUUGUCAGAAACUGGCAAGACUGCAAACCCAAGUUCAGGUUUAUGGAGACCUGCAGGAAACAAGCUCAAGAUCGACUUGAAUGGGAGCCCAUUUUCAACUAAAGCUGAGGAGGCAUCCAGUCCUAAAUCUGCCUCCACGGAGUCCACCCCAGAUCUGCCCAGACCAAAGAAAGACCAAGAGGAAAACAAGGCAUCCUCUCCCACCAAGUCCUCCUGUAAACUAAAGCCAGUGGUGAGGCCUAAACCACAACUUGCCAAGGCCUCCAGUGCUGAAAAGAUGGACAUAAGCACCUUGAGAAGACAGCUGCGGCCAACAGGGCAGUUGAAGAAUGGCACCAAAACUAAAGGUGAGGACUCUGAGACAGCUUCAGUCAUCUCCUCCGAGGACUCCUUCUCUUCUCAGAGCACAUCCGAUCUCUCCUCCAUCUAUUCUAAAGGCAGCCGGGGAGACUCUGACCUGGAAGGGUGCACCCUGUAUCGCACCACAGAUCCUUAUGAGAAAGUCCAAGAAUCUGAGGUCAGUUUCCCUGCUGGAGUGGAGGUGGAAGUUCUAGAGAAGCAGGAGAGUGGCUGGUGGUAUAUCCGCUGGGGAGAUGCAGAGGGUUGGGCUCCAACUUACUACCUGGAGCCAGUAAGGCAACAAGAUGACAUGGCAGGGUCUGAAUCUGAUGGCACCCCAACUAAACCUGGAAGCCUCAGCAAGUCCAACAGCCUGGAGAAGAAUGAACAAAGGGUGCAGGCCUUGAACAACAUCAACCAAAACCUAAAAAAGGUCACCCCACCCAUCCCCUCAAAGCCUCCAGGUGGCCUCUCCAAACCCUCGGGCUUGUUCGGUUCACGGAAGCAGAAUAACACCAAACAGCAGCAGGUUGUCAGGCCUCAGUCUGUCUUCAUAUCAGCCCCACUCAGGGAUGGUCCCAGCCCUGUUGGCUCUCUCAGGAGAAAUGAGUCCCUCAACUCCACAGACCACCCUCGUGCGAGCCCCACAGUGCGUCGCAAUGCCUCCUUCGGCACUGUGCCACACAGCCUGGUAUCAAACAACAUAGCACUACCCACCAGGAACAGAUCUGGUACUGGUAGUUCUGAAUCACUUGGCCUCAGCUCCCAGAAGAAUGCACUCCCUGUAUCCACAGUGAAACCUAAGCCCCACAUCAUCCAUAACAACUUGAGAGAGGUGUAUGUCUCCAUAGCAGAUUACCAUGGUGAUGAGGAGACCAUGGGAUUUCCUGAGGGGACAAGUCUGGAGGUCUUGGAAAGAAAUCCCAACGGAUGGUGGUACUGCAAGGUUCUGGACAAUGGCAGACCAAGGAAAGGAUGGGUUCCCUCAAAUUACCUCGAGAAAAAGCACUAGCACUCAUGUGUGGAGCUGGCAGAACUCUGAGCAUGCGUGUAAAGACUACUCAAACAGAUGCAUUUAUUUUGUGAAAAAGGCUAACCCUAAGACAUUAAAUAAGGAUUGAAAUCUUACCCGGUACCUUUGCCAAAAUGAGCAGCCAGAUCAAAUUGUGACUUUGAAAUGAAAUGAGACAAUAAGUCUACAUGAAACAGUGCCCGAGACGUUGCAUCAGAGGCAAUAUAUUGGGACUUAGUGACACAGACAAAGAGAACACCAGAAAGCGGAAGAAUGAUUUAGUGCUAUUCUUCAGUGGUUACCUUUAACUUGAAAUAAGGUGUCAUUUUGUGUCCACUCCUUGAACCUUUCUCUGUAAGUUUAUAAUGUAUUUUUUUAAAAACUUUUUAAGCAUUUAAAGCUUACUGCAUGUUUGAAAUGAUUCAUUAUACUGACGAUGCCUUGAGCUGUUGAAAUUAAACCCUCUUCUUCUCCUGUCUUUACAGAAAAUCUCAGUUGUUGGCAAAGCUGCUUUGUGUUAGUCUCAUUUUGGUGCUGUCUGUUUGCAUGUUUUUAUAUCUCUUUAUACUGUAUGUCACCUUUAUGUGAAAUAUUUUAUCCAUUUAAUUGUGUAAUUUUGUCCUAAUGAAACAACUUGUGAGCAUCUCUGAUUAUCACAGUAUUUUCUAACAAUCCCAGAUGGUCUUCUCUGAAACUUAUAGCUUUAAAGUGUUUUAUUGGUUUAAUUUCAGGCUACUUAUCCAAAUUUAAAUUUCCCUCAUGUCAAUAAAAAUCAUAUUUAUUCAUUACUUAAAUAUCAUAUUAUUACUUAUUUUAUUUUAUUAUGUUUUGUACUGUUUUUUUUUUUAAAUCACAUCUGCUUAAACAUUUCUAAGAACUGCUCUUUCAAUCAUAACAUUUAGAAUUUCUGCUGGGCAGUAAAUUUGACAUUAACUCUCGCUGCAGUAGUACUGGGAUGCUCACUUUUGUUUUUUGUUAACUGUGUGACCAGUGAUAACUGAAGUGCCAAAAGAAUGAAUUAAAUAAAUGCACUUUUGAACAAUUA